GAUAGCAGCUGUGGGCCAGCUAGGAGUCUAGCCUCCAGAAGAUGAGGUCCCCCGCUACAGGCAUGGGGCUUCUGCAGUCUGUAGCUCCAAAGCACAUGACUGUCCCCAAGCACAGGAUGGUAGAGGAGUGAGACAAGAACAGGCAGAUUUGGGGAUGUGGAGCAGGAACAGCCAUGGAGCAGACAUUCGUACAUGUGCCUGUCGUCUUGAUGUGGCCACAGGGUGGUCAGAACUGUCCCCUGGCAGAGUAGUAAGGAUUCCUUGGGCAAUGGGAGAGUGAGUUAGGUGGGGCUCUGGGAGGUCAAGAGUUCAGUUUGGGGUGCUCACUGAGGAGCAUGUGGGGAGGGAGGGGCUGCCCCCCAUGUCCCCUUUUCAACACUUGCCAUCCUGUUCCCUUAAACAUGUGUGAGAUCUCAUAUUUGUGGUCUUCUCUGCAGCAGCAAGAGGACAGGCAGCUCUUUCCCUCCUGGUGUAUAGUGUCAGUCACACACUGGGAACAUGGAACAUUCCCAAGGAGGUGGAGCCAGAGAGGGGGGGUGCCUCCCCAAAGUUCUAGCAGCUCAGGCUGCAGACCCUUAGUCACACAGCUUCCAAGGAGCAGAGAGAAAGAUGGAAAAGCCUGCAGGCAGAAAAAAGAAAACACAGCUCCUAGUGGAGGAAGCAGACGUGCAGAAGGAUGUUCCCAAAGAAGAAAAAGCAGUUGGGGGGAAAAAGUCAAACAAGAGAUCCACCCUGGCCAGAAAGCACAGUAAGGAGCCAGGCUUGAGUCCUGAGGACGAAGAGCACAUCUUUGACGCCUUCGAUGCUUCCUUUAAAGAUGACUUUGAGGGAGUUCCUGUGUUCAUUCCUUUUCAGAGGAAGAAACCUUAUGAAUGUUGUGAAUGUGGGCGAAUCUUUAAGCACAAGACAGAUCAUAUCCGCCAUCAGAGAGUACACACUGGAGAAAAGCCCUUUAAGUGUGAUCAGUGUGGGAAGACCUUCCGGCACAGUUCGGACGUCACCAAACAUCAGAGGAUUCACACUGGAGAGAAGCCCUUCAAGUGUGGGGAGUGUGGGAAGGCCUUCAACUGCGGCUCCAAUCUCCUGAAGCACCAGAAGACGCACACUGGGGAGAAGCCUUAUGAAUGUAAGGAGUGCGGGAAAGCCUUUGCCUACAGUUCCUGUCUCAUUCGCCAUCGGAAGCGCCACCCGCGGAAGAAGCCCUGAGCACAGGGAAGCUGCUGCUCACUUCUCCCUGGCAGGCCUGGGGGGACUCCCUCCUCCUCUUUCAUUCCAUGUCCAGUCCAGGCCUGGAGUCAUGUGCCUCAGGCUGCUGGUCCCUGUUGUGCCCAGGAAAAUCAACCCCAUGGGAUGUGGGCACACGCAGGCAGGCCAGAGGCCUUUCUCACUCCAGAUGACCCCUUUAGGUCAAGACAGCAAGAUCCUGUGGAAGCUCUUCAAGACCCUGUGCAGCUACAGGCCACUUUGCCAGGCUUCAUGAUGCCCUUGGGACCAGCAACAGAGACAGGCGAGCAUAACAGCUGCCAUCAUGCUGCACAAGUACACCCAGCGGGAGAGGCCCCCAUGCCAUGGACCAGCUUCUCCUGCCACCACUCUGCUUGGGCCCUUUCAAGGCUCCAGCCUGUGGACUCUGCCCUCUGGGUCCCCACAGUAGACAAGAAUGCACUGCAGUGAGCUCUGGUGACCCAGGUGCCCACUGGGCUGUGCCAGACCCCACUGAUCUCUGCUCACCUGGUUUCAGUGACCAUCCUGUGGUUUGUCUUCUGACUGGAGUGCCAGCCGCCAGAACUGGGCCAUACCAUGUGUCCUGGCCCAGCAGUCAUGCCAGACGGAUGGCCUGACUCACAUGGAGAGAACACCCGGGGACCUGGGCUCCUCAGGCCUUAAACCCGCCACUAUGGGUAACUUCCUCACAACCGAGGGGUGGAGCCCCCAGCUGCUGACAGCAGCCUCCAUCCAGUCUGUUGUCACACUUUCAGAUGUGAGUGGUGACCCCAGCCCCAUGACAGCCCUGCAUUCAGGCUGUAGGAUGGACCCCCAGAUGCAGAAUGACACAUUGCCAAAGACCUUGCCCGGAUGCGCCCACUUAGAUGCCUGCAGCACGCACAGAUGCAGGUCCACUUCUGCCUCUCCAGUGGUGUCUCGGCUGUUAGAGCAGAUCACCCCUGAAGCAAGCAGCUCCUGAUGAGAUGUGCACAGAGGGACCAGCUUCGCUCCUGAGUUCAGAGGCAGAGUGGAGACCAAGAAUGGACAGAAGGAAGCCACUCUGGGGAGAAGACAGGAGGCCUUGUCCGGAGCAGGCUCCCACCCAGGACCAGCCCAGUAUAAGGCUGGGCCACCGUGGCCCCAGGGAGGGGUUGGGGAGGGUGAAGCAGGGUAAGUGCAGGGAAGUUUUAUCUGAGAGGCCUGAUGGCUGGAAGCCCCUGCAGGGAGCUCCAUCACUUGGUUCCCACACACUGUCAACAGGCCACUGCAGAGCUGCAUUAGCAGGGAUGGAGGCAGCUCCAUCUGACCUCAGUGUGGCCUCUUAGAGGGGAGUUCUGGGAGCCAACUGGAUGUUCAGAACCUCCUGAGGAAUGUUUGGGGGAGAUGUGAGAACCCUUUAGCCAAGCAUCAGGGUUCUCAUUGCAGGGAAAAAUUAAAGCAAAAACCCAGAAGCUUCUCAGAGGCACAAUGUCCAAGCCAGCCCUCCAUGACUGCCAUGACCAGCAGGCUUUGCCCACUGAGUCUCAUUCCUCUGAACAAGCAGUGACUAGGAUGGCUCCAGCUGGGCCUUUGAGCACAGAGAACUUCCCACUGUUUCAUCUCUGCCCUGGGGACCUGCUGUUGAGUGUCUGUGCCAGCAUCUGUCCCCACAGGCCUUGGCAUGGCUGUGGGAGAAGUUGGGAGGGGUGCCUGUCCCACCACCAGAAGUCUGGGGACACGCCCCGCUCUAGGUGGCACAGCCCUCCCUGUUCUCUUCCACGCUGGGGAGGGAGGGCAUUUGGGCUUUAUUCCUGGCAACCUCUCACAUCAGUCCCCAGUUCGGGCAUCAGGAAGUGAUUAUUCCUUUUCAGUGUGAGUGAGCUGAGACACCAAGACAUGCUGCAGAGGAAGCAGGACUGGCCAUAAAGUCUCGUGGCCUCACACCAGGGAGAAAGGCCACAGCCUCUGGGGAGAGUCCAACAUUUGCUCUGAAACAAGACAGAGUUGGUGUUGAAGCAGGGUUCUUGGGGAGCCAGGACAGGACAAAGGCAUCUCCAAGGUCACUGGAGAACAGCUGAGGCCCAGGGAAAUGGAGUCAAGCCCUGAAGAAGAUGGUGUGGACUCUGGGUCCUGCUCCAAACAUGCUGUCCCUCCGGCAGGGAGACUGCUCUGGGCAUGGCUGCCUGCACUUCAGGAGCCUUGUGCAUCCAGUGCUUGGUAUCUGCUUUCUCUUCAAAUCCAGUGCACCAAGGGCAAGCAGAGUGUCCUUGCCACAGUCCCCCUGGGAUCCCUGCCAGGCCAUGGUGGUGACUUCCCAGCCUAGCAGGGAGGACGCUGUGCCCCUGCAGUUGUCCUUGCAGAUGGCUUCAGGGGCCUUCAAGGGAUCCUGAAUUGAAGAACCUCUCAGCCUGUGGCCCCUCAGCUCCCACCUGUCUGUCUGCACCUCCCCCUGGCCCUGAGGCCCCAGUAGUUUAGGAAGCACUACACACAGACCCAUCAGCCUGUGUGUCCCUGCAGCCUUGGCCACAGCAAUUCAGCUGGUGGUCUGUGUUGUUCACACUUCUUUGUCUUCCCUGUGUCUGUUUCCUGGUUAAGUUGAACACUGGCAUGUCCGAGUACUCCCUAUGUCCUCUCACGGCAUGCAUGUCAAAUCCUGUAGCUCACGUGAAUGCUCCUGUGACAGCUGUGGUCAUGGCCUCUUGUGUUGGUGGCAGAUAUUGUCCCUAAUCAGUGUUCUUACUGUUAAAUAUUUUGUAUUGUGCAAAAAUUUAACUUUCCUACUAGCCAAAGUUGUUGCAC